AUGCCGAUGUUGACUGCCGAGUUUCUGCCAUCAGAGACCGAUACACGAGUGGGAUGCUCUCCAUCACUUCCUGUGCCCCCCUAUGAGCCGACCCAACACUUUGAAAAUUCAUACUUGAGUAUCAAUCCUUUGAGUCAAGAGGGGAGCUAUGUCGAUGGGGCGAUACUAGCUCCUUGCAUGCAAGAUUCAUCUGCACCUCAGACCCAACAUAGCGGUUCAGUAUUAUCGACCGAGCCAACUGGCGUCACCAAAGAUAUGACAUUCAAUGGAACCCAUGUUGGACUCGGUGUUUCCCAAGUAGGCUCCUUGGAUCCAACUUCUACAGUGUCUCCUGAUCCCUUCCUGUCAUUGGAGCUCGGACACCAAUCAGCACAGAUGAAUAAAGAGUCCAGGAUGAGUCAACGGAAUGCACCUCUCGGUGAUCUAGCGCUAGCGACUGGAUGCUCAUCUGUUUGCCAAAAUUCAUUUCUUCCAAUGAAUUUCAACACCCUGAAGUUACCUCAAAUUGAGCCGACUUCAAACACGGACACGGCCGUGACUCAAAUUGAAAUUACGAAUGAUAUGAGCUCCUCCUACUACGAUUGGAAAAUUCCAGAGUCCUACAAUGGUACCAUUAUUCCACCGAGCCUGGCGCAGUAUAACUCAACAGCAGAUAUGACUGCCUAUUCUUUCAUACCGUUGCCUAUUUGCUCCCCUCUUGACUUCCCAUAUGGAGAGUUCUCCUCGAGCUCAGCUUUUCCCUACGAGUCCUCAGCGGAUCUGGAGUUAUCAAAUAACUCAUAUGAUCUAAAUUCAACUGGAGAUCCUUCCUAUACACUUCCCACUGACGCGACGCCAUCCAACGACCUUGGGGUACUCCAGCAGACCAUUACAGGUCCGCUGUUGAUUCAAGACCAGACUACAUAUGAAAAGAGCAUGUCAAGCCCAGGCAACGGUUCGUUGUGUGCACCCAAUACUCUUGAAUGCUCAUGCAACUGUUGUGUGGACGACUUGAAAACAUAUUCAUCGGGCGAUGCGCGCAAGUCAGACGCAUAUAUACAUACACUGAGGGAGUCUGAUUUGAUUUCCUCCAAUGAUACUCUAUGCAAUGACCAAACUGGCCCCUACAAAUGCGAUUUCACGAGUCCAGUCACCGGGGAGGCCUGCAGUACCAUCUUCUCCCGGGUAUAUGAUUGCAGUCGUCACAAAGACACAAUUCCUCUGGACUCUGAGAAAGAAUUCAAGUGCCAUAUGUGUUCCAAAAAGGCGUAUAAGAGCAAGAGCGGAUUGUCAAAGCAUAUCCGAAAGAUGCAUAACGAGCAGCCUAUAAUAAACAAGAAGCAUGGAGGGUUAGGCUUGGUUGUUUAG